CUUGACGUGAAUGAAUAGAGUUUAGGCGGCUAUCAAUGCUAAUUUGUCUACUAUUUCCAAUAGGCUCUCAGAUGAUGACGACAGUUCUACUCAAGACGGCUUUUUAUCUAGCCGGGCGCAUGAGAGUUCCUCUCCUGUACCUCAUGCCACACGAAACGAGCGACAUUCAGUAAUUAGUAUGUAGAAAUUUUGAUAUUAGCUUCUGUCAUUCAAAGAAGCAUCGCCACCAUGCUAACGUUUAGACCUGAAGAAUGGGAUGAUCGACUAUCGGAGCAGCGGAGAACUAGCCGAGAAAGUUCAACUUCAUCUUUAUAUAGCAUUCCACAAACCACAACAAGUACUAUUCCGGAGAAACGAAGACGAAGAACAGGCAAGCGAGAUGAUCGAACUCAGCCAAAGGCGGUUCAACCUUUACCUAGACGGCCAGACGGUACUAUCGCCCUUCCUGUGACAAUAGGACGAGGCACAAAUGAAGUGAUCAUUUACAGCAUAGGCUCUGUAGUCUGCGACAGAGAAGGCUUCCAUAACCCUCGAUACAUUUGGCCAGUGGGAUUCAAAAGCAAAAAAUACUUGCCAAGUUUGACAACUCCUUCCAAAAAAACAGGCUACAUAAGUGAAAUUCUAGACGGUGGAAAUGCUCCAAUCUUUCAGGUUACACCAGAAGACUCACCAAGCACGGUCUUUUCCGGGGCGUCUGCUAGUGGAGUCUGGAAGCAAUUGCUAGAUCAGAUAGCAAGUUUAGGCGUGACAGCCAAAACGCAUGCUAGUGGUCCAGAGAUGUUAGGUUUAUCUAAUUUGGCAGUUACCAAGGCCAUUCAGGAAUUACCCGACGCUGACAAGUGUACACGCUACGUCCCACAACGAUGGCUAGAUCAGAGCCAGGAUCCAUACCAGGAUCAAGAAAACGAUGCUUCUUCACCUCUUGAAUCAUCCUCACUCUAUAUUGUUCAUGAACAGCCUUCUUUGAUGGACGGCUCUGAUAGAUCUUUGUAAUUAGCAAAGGACAAUAUAGACAUAACGCUUACCUACCAAAACUUCAAUUUAUGAAUAAUACUGUAUUUCGAACCGAGGGAA